AUGUACACGCCAUUCGCUCCGCAGCAGCAGCACCAGAACACAUCCCUGCAGCAUGGCAUUGCUAACUAUCAGCUAUACGCAUCGAAUAUGAACGCUCCUCUUAAUGUCUCUGUUCCUAAUCAAACAAUGGCAUAUGGGCAAGGUUAUUAUACCCCGCAUCUCUAUACAGCACCAGUUGGGCAUGGCCCAGGUCCAUCCAACGCAUCGCUUUACCCGCCUCCAGGUGGGCAAUAUCACAACACGCAGGAUUUUAUCGCCCAGGCACCUGCCAUGCUACCGAGAGAAAGCAGGCAGCAAGCGCCAAGGGGUGAUUACGAUGUCUCGAGGACUAUUGUUGACGGCUCGACCCCCAUGAGGCCAACACCGACUCAAAGUAUAUCCACAGAUUCAUCUCAGCCGUCAAGCACAUCGGGCUCUUCUUCACCUUGGGGCCCCCCCAGAAAGCCCAAGCAGUCUGGCCACGCUCUCUGGGUCGGAAAUCUCCCAGCUGGAACAAAUGUGGUUGAUCUCAAAGAUUACUUUUCUCGGGAUGCCACAAAAGACAUCCAGAGUGUAUUCCUUAUAUCUAAGAGCAAUUGUGCCUUCGUAAAUUACAAGACUGAAGCAACCUGCAUUGCGGCACUUGCACGAUUUCACGACUCACGAUUCAACGGAGUCCGACUUGUUUGUCGCCUCCGACGGGGACUCACAUCACCGGGAAAAGCUGUCGGUAUCCAAUCUACAAUCGUCUCGUCUGUCGGAGAACAGGGUGAUAUGAAGGGCUACGACCGUGCCGACGAGACCGUAGAGGACUCCGAGGCGCAGAUAGCGCAGGGAAGGGCCACUGCUUCAAACCUCUUGAGCCGAUACUUUGUUGUCAAGAGUCUUACCGUCGGCGACCUGGAGUUGAGCCGGCAGAGCGGAAUCUGGGCCACACAAAGCCACAAUGAAGUCAAUCUUAACCGUGCUUUUGAGAGCGCGCCCAACGUAUAUCUUAUCUUUUCUGCUAAUAAGUCUGGGGAGUACUAUGGUUAUGCUCGCAUGAUGUCGCCGAUCCAAGAGGACCAAGGCCUGGCGUCGGAGAUGCCCUUGCGCCUUGAGCCUACUCUUGCUGAGCCAGAAGAGUUGACUGUCAUCCCAACUCAGGCCACGGUCACCGCGCCUGCUGGACGAAUCAUCGACGAUUCGGCACGGGGCACCAUAUUCUGGGAGGCGGACUCAUCAGAAGAUGACGACGAUGGCGACAGAGACGGAGAUGGACGCCAGGAAGAUGUGGAGAAUCGUGGCGAAGAAGGUGGUGGUGGAGAUGAGAAUGAUUGUGGUGCUGAUGCAUUUCGACCCGGAAAGAGUGUCAUUGAUCUAGGCGAGGAAAGCGCAGAGUCAGGCUUCAACUCGAUAGGGCGGCCUUUCCGAGUGCAAUGGCUGUCAGCGGAGCGGGUCCCAUUCCAUCGCACUCGAGGCCUGCGCAAUCCCUGGAAUGCGAACCGUGAAGUCAAGAUCGCCCGGGAUGGAACUGAGAUCGAGCCGAGCGUCGGAGAGCGACUGAUCCAGCUAUUCCAUACCCGGCCUCCAGGCCACGGUCUACCGAUCUAUCAUACACCACUUCCCAACUAA